AUGAUGUCGACACUUGAAAUUCCGCGAUUAACACACCUUCCCCUCGAGAUUCUGAUGGAAAUAAUGAAGCAUGUUGAGUGGAACGACGUUCUAUCUCUCCGAAGGUGUUGCCGAGCCCUUCACUCGGUAUCGAAGGACAGGGAUGUCUGGUUGUCGCUGCUGAGGAGAUACUGCAACACCGUGAUUCCUCGGCCGUUCUUCCUGUCCAAACCCCUGGAACUCUAUUCGAGUGAAGACCUCGAGGCCCGGAUCGUCAACUGGUGGACUGGAUGGGAGGGACUCAGGCCUACGAUGCAGACCUUCACCACGGAUGAGACCAGUUCUUCCUUUACAUGGGAAUAG